AUGGGUCGUAAAAAGGAGGGGAAAAAACCUACAGUUGAAGAGCUACAAGACUUAAAUGAAGAUAAGCUGCAUGGAGGUAUUGAUGCAGAGCAACAUGGACUUUCUAAUGAAGAAGAAGGUCUUGUAGAUGUGCAAAAGAAGAAGAGAGGACCUACAUUGAUGGGUAAACUAACUGCAGCUGCAAGAUGGGGCAAAAAAGCAAAGAUUGAUUAUGAUAACAUGGGAAGGCCAGCAUACAAUGCAAAUGGAAGGGCUUUACAAUCAUACAUUGGCUCUAUUGCUAGAUCUAUGGUGCCAAUUAAUAUAAAGUCCUGGCCUGAUGUUCCAGAAAACAUAAAACAAAAAGUUUGGGAAGAGAUCUCUAAUGUCUUCGAACUAGCUCCACAAAGUGAGACUACUGUAAUGAGUUCAGCAGCUCAAAAGUGGCGAGAUUUCAAAAACAAAUUGACCAGCAGAUUUGUAUGGCCGAAUAGGAAAAAUCCUGAAAAGUUAAUUUCUCCCCCAAGUCAGUAUCAGCUCCUAAUAACAGAUUGGAAAGCAUUUGUGGAUGCGAGACUGGAUCCAUCAUGGGAGGUUAUUCAUGAAAAACAAAAAGAACGGACCAUGCAUUGUAAAUAUCACCAUAGAAUGUCUCGUAAGGGUUACAUCGGCUUGGAGGCUGAAAUGAGAGAGAAUAAUAUAAUUGCUGAAGACGAGGAAGUUGAUAGAUCAGUGCUUUGGCGUAAAGCCCGGGAAGAUAAAUCUGGCAACAUAACAAAUGUGGAGACGUCAGAAGUUGCAGGAAAAAUUGAUGACUUGUUGGAAAAGAAAGAGAAAGGAGAGUUUAAAUCUUCUGGAAUGAAUGAUGUGCUAACCACUGCUUUAGGAAGCCAAGAACAUUAUGGAAGGGUUCGAGGUGUGGGAGGGUUCGUAAAACCUCAAGUCUACUUUAAAACUCCAAGAAAGAAGAGAGAAUCAGUCCCAAACACUAUGGCCGAAAACUUCAAAGAACAAUUGGAAGAGACUAAGAGGUUAAAGGCUGAAUUGGAGAAAUUGAAAGCUCAACUUGCUAGUGUUAUGCCAGACAAAUUUUGA